UAAACACCUAGAGACUGCUGGGCGAUAGCGAUAAACAAUGAUAAUUUUAAUGAAAUAUAAAUAGAAUUAAAAUGCAAAUCUGCCCAGCAGUUGUGUUAAUUUCUGGAGGUAUAACGAAUGCAAGGACGUGAUAAACGAAAUAGUAGAAAAGGAUUAUGGUUGAAGUUGAAUAAAAAGGCCGCGGAAUGGUCGCCAUGUCAUUGAAUGUGUGGCAAGAGAAUGAAUUGAGAAGGCUGUGGAAAGUAAGAAUCCCAAUAAACGGCGUGUGGUUGUUAGAAAAGUGUCGUAAAAUAGUUUAAAAAUCGAGAAUAAUGUGUCCCCUGGCUUGGGGAGCCAACGAUUAGGACGAAGUCGCAAUCAUGCAAUCCGAAAGUAUAUGUGGCAAUGAAAUUGAAGGACUCGAUGCGGAUACUCUCAUUCCGGUUGAGAUCGUUUCAUGCGACGGGCCGCAGCGCACAAGGUCGCAAGAGGCUUUGUCAAUAGUCGAACUAGGGAAGCAACUUUUACUUGGCGCACGAAAUGGAGAUACGGAAACAGUCCGAGACCUGAUGUGCAGAGGCGCGCCGUUCACAACGGAUUGGCUAGGUACAAGCGCCCUGCACCUCGCUGCGCAAAAUAACCAUACAGAAACGGCUGAAGUAUUACUGAGAGCUGGAAUCUCCAGAGAUGCGAGGACGAAGGUUGAUCGUACGCCACUUCACAUGGCUGCGUACGAAGGACAUCAUCAGAUGGCGCAGCUGCUGCUUGACUAUGGCGCCGAUGUAGACAGCAGGGAUAUGUUGAAAAUGACGCCACUUCACUGGGCAGUGGAACGAGAACAUGCGGAAGUUAUGCACGUUUUGUUGGAACAUGGUGCUGACGCAAACGCGACAAGCAAGUUUGACAAAACACCAAUCAGCCUAGCUCUAGAGCAUAAUAGGCUCGAUUUAGUCGAUGUACUUCAACAGGAGCGAGAAAUAUUAGGAGAAAAUCCCCAACAUCAGAAUCAAGCUAGUACCGCAGAACUGGAGGUUGCGACGCACAGCUUAAUGCAGCUUGAAGCAGAAAGAGAGCGGGAACAACAAUUAGAACUCCAACAACAGCAGGAACAACAGCAACUGCAACAGCAACAGCAACAGCAGAAAAGAAAGCUGCAAACAGCUCAAACGGGAAAGAAACAGAGAAUGAUAUUCCAACAAAUCAGAGUUCCGUCGGUUAGCGACGAGGAACAAGAACGAGAAAUGAUAGGUACGGAUGACAACGAAAGUCGGAGUCACGAAGACUUGGACGGGGAGGAGGGGGCUGAAAUGAUUGCUGGCGUUGAGCAGCCCUUGCGGUUACUUCAGGCUCAUGGUAUUACCAUGAUACCGGUAGACAAUGAUUCUACUAUAGUAGAAAAUGCUAUGGAGAGUGGGCAAACUGUAGUACUGACUGAAGCCGGUAAGUUAGCCCUUAAUUUGACGAGAUCGCAACACAUGGGGAUGAAGCGGUUACACGUCACGGGAAGAAGAGGUUCUUCGCGGAAAGUUAUCGCCAUUCGAGCGGAUCAAAUAUUAGGACAAGCUAAUUCUAGCCUCACGCCACGAGGACCGAAUAUACUAAAGAGAACCACGAUGGACAAUAAGGCUGGGAAGUUAUUUUUCGCUUCUCUCGCCAACACGACUUCUUCCAAACCGACUCUGACACAAGCAAAAAAUAUCAUUUCCGCACCCAAGCGUAAAAUAGCGUCGCCAGUUAAAACAGUCGAGCCGACUAUACUGCAGCUGAACGAAGAUAUUGAGGAGAUUACGGAGGAGGAUAAUUCCGGCGACAGUGCUGUCGAACAGGUCAUGGAUAUCGCAUUGCUCAACAAACAACUGGCCGAGGCCCGUCGGCAAGCUGCCGAAUAUCGCAAGCAAUUAAUGAAAAAAGAAGAAGAGGCGGAAAAAUACAAACAACAAUUAAAGUCCAUCACUGCUCAAGCCGCGACGAAGUAAUUCACCUGAUUAUCCGCAAUACGUGAGAUUUUAUGAGGAGAAAUUCUCGCCGACGUGGUAGUGAGAUCACGCUGACGGAUCAUCUGAAAUCGAUUUAAUCGCAAUUAUCGCGAUUGGCACGAAAUGAAAGCGUGCUCAUGUCGGGAAACACAAAGUGUGUUAUAGAUUACGAUAUUUUUUAUUUCUCUAAACGUUGAUACAUGUAAUAAUGAGGAGAA